AUUCAUGGUAUUCUGGUUCAAGUUUGAUGCCAUGGCCAAAGUAUUCUUUUUGUGUUUUCACACUCAUGAAAAUUCCAAUUCUUGAGGCGUUUAUCUCCCCAUUUCUGUGGUAUUGUAUAGAUGGCAAGCUAUGCACCACUUUUCUGUGAAUUGCAAUAAUUGGAGGUAGAAUCCAGAUGCAAUUGUCUUCAAGUCAUCAAAGCACUAUGGAACUCCGAGCUACUGGGUGCAAAAAUUCUUCAGAGAGUCAAGUGGAGCAACUCUUCUUGACGCUAAGCUACAGACAAAUUCCUCUACACCUUUUGCAUCUGCAAUUACUUGGCAAAAUUCAAACUUACAUGGAAAUAAAGAUUGUGAAUUUUGGGAACAGCAAAGUGAAUCUCAAAGUUUCCAUUGAUGGAUUGGGGCUCAGCUCACGAUUGUCUGGAUCAACAAAAACUGUGUUCACUUCUUCUAAUGUGAUGGACGAGAAUUUCUUCGUGGAUCCAAAAAAGGUGGUGCCAGCCCAAACUAUGAUCGAGAAUGCUGACAAAGACAUGGAUGUUGUACUCUCUCCGUAUUCUUGAACUUCAUGUGAUUUGUUAACAGAAUCACACAAUAUCAGGACGCCACAGAGUGAUUCUUUCUCGUGAUCAUCAAAUUAGAAAAAUAAAUUAAUACAUGAUGUGUAAACAUACGAAACAAUCGAAAUAAUGUUAUUUGAGGGUGGUGUUUUUGCCUGCUAUUUAUGUUAAUUUAACAGGCAAAUUUCACCUAGUAAUAUA